GACCGUCACGAAAGUUUGACAGUGUGUUUACGUCAAAAUACCGCCAUGGUUUGGGAAAAUUGGGGAAAAACUCGGAAAAGUCGAUAAAAUUGUAUGAUUUUAGUGUUAAUUUUUAGCUUGUAGGAAGCACAGCGGGUGGGCAUAGUGAAAUGACGAGGAGUCGAGAACGUGAACGUCGACCGGAGCGACGGGAUGAGGGGGCACGUAGGGGACCAAAAACACCCCCAGAUCCGGGGCCGAGUACCGAAGGUGGCUCCCAUGGAGGUAAGUGUUUGAUGAUGAGAAAAAAUGUACAAAAUGGAGUCGCCUGGCUAAAUGCGUCCGGGUGUGCCAAUGCAGGUCGUCGGAGAUUCGGGAGUGGGCGCGGUGGGCGCUCGGGGUCAAAGGGGACCCGUUCGCGAUCACCAAGGCGCGAAAAUGCACGCACACGCGAUGAAUCUCGACGGAAUCGCAGCACCAGUCGCCAUUCGGGGGGCUCUCUCAGUGAACUACGGAAGGUUGAUGACCUCUCGGCGGAAAUAGCGCACUUACGGCAGCAAUGUGCGGAGAAGGAGCGCAAUUUGCAGAAGAUGUUCAGUCAGUUGGAGUUCCCGAUGCGUCCCGGAAAUCCCAAAAAGCGUGAUUUCCGGAAUUCACGCUUCGGCCGUGCAAAUAACACCGAUCGAAUGGCACGAGAGGAGAUGAAUCGACGCCACAGGGACUUCCAGGUGAGACCUGAGCCACAGCUAAACGCAACUGGGGUGCAGCAGCAGACGGAAAAACCGAGUGAGGUUAUGAUCUUCCGGGAGAAUAUGCCGUCGUACAACAUUCCGUUGGAAAUGAUCCAGCACACAAAGACUCUGCCCUCGCUCAUGUUCUCGUGCAGUUUACGCUCACUUGAGGCGCCCAAAACACCUAAAACUCCCCCCAAGGCCGACGCGCAGCUCGAUUGGGACCUCGAGGGGCCACCAAAAGCCCCUCCGGCAUUCGUACAGAACUUCCUGGACACCGUGGAGACUCCCUUUGAGAAAUCAGCAACACCACCACCGGAGAAAGUCCCGGAAAAGUCUCCGGAAGCCCCGAAAAUGCCCACAGAGGAACAGAAAGAUGUAAAACAGCCGGAAAAGCGGAGAAGAAGCACAGAAAAGGCCAAAAAGGGCAAAGAGAAGGAAAAGAAGGGGAAGAAGAAGGAAAAAGAGAAGGAGGUGGAAGACAUUGAGAAGGUGCGGGAGGAGUUUUUGGUGAAGAAGAUCGUCGUAAAGGCGGAAAAUGCUGAAAUACAUCAAGUGCCGAAAGAGAAGGAAGUGGAGGAAGUGAAGGAGAAGGAGAAGAGUGCGAAAGAGGAUGUGGCCAAGUGUGAGUUGAAGGAAGAAGUGGAGAAAAGUGCAAAGAAAGUGGAAGCUGCAAAAAGCCCCAAAAAGGAAGAAGUGACAAAGAAGGAAAUUGUGGGAAAAAUUGAGGCUGCAGAAAUGUGUGAGAAGGAAGCGGAAGUGACGAAAUGUGAGAGGAAGGAGGAGGUAAAAAGUGAAAAGGAAGUGAAAGAAAGGAAAAAGAGUCCAUCAUCUACAAAGAAGAAAGUCCCUGAUCCUCCGGCAAAAGAAAAAUCCAUUGAGACAAAGAAGAACGAUAAACAAACUAUUGCAAAGAAAAUCGCACAGAAGAGGAAGAAGAGGCUCAGCUCAUCAACUAGCACGAGCACCACAUCAACAUCAACGUCAACGUCAACUUCGUCGUCAUCUUCAUCGGAUUCGGACGAUGAUUCGGAUUCGGAUUCAAGCAGCAGCAGCAGCAGCUCAAGUUCCUCCUCAUCGUCGGAGAGUUCCUCAACGAGUGGUGAGAGGGUUGUGAAGAAGCGCAUGCGGCGGAAGAAGGGGAUGCCGGGUGAGAGGAAGAAGACAACGUCGGAGAAGCAGAAAGUGGAGAAAUCAGCAAUUCCCACCGAGAAGCCAAUUGAUGAAGUUCUUGGCGUGGAAACAAUGCCUCUCCUUCUGCCGGUGGUUGUACCCAAAGUCCUGGACACAUCGCAGCAACAACAGCAGCAGCAGCAGGAGGAGGCUGUUGUGGAGAGUACGCGUGAGAUUGAAUGUCACACACCACCGCUUCCGCCGGAAAUGAUUAAUAUUUCCCCGGAAAAGAGAGCUCCGAUCGUGAUGAAGUUGGCGAGUAAGAUGGAGAAGGUGACGCCAACAAUGAUUCCAGCAGCAAUGGCUCAAGAUGCCGAUGAUGAGGACUUCACGGAGAACUUGAGGGCAAAAUCGAAGAGUCCCUCCGAGGAUAGUGAUGCGAAACUCGUGACAACAACAUGUGGUCCGGAAGUGGAGGAACGUGCAGCUGCCUUCAGGGCGGCGGCCGAGGAGGAGGAACGGGCAAAGAGGCGACGCUACAGGAGCCCAUCGAGGCAGAGUAGCAGCAGCAGGAGGCAUCAUCGAAGUCCUCCGCCUGAGAAGCACAGACGCUCCUUCCGGGACCAACGACGUUUCGUAUCGCCAUCGCCGGAGCGUGGGCGGCAUCGACGCACCCAGAGGGAUUCCACACCCCCACGGAGGCGUCGAUUGUCCCCGAGGCCGUCGUCCCGCCGACGCCGACGCUCUCGUUCGUGGUCACGCAGCAUCAGCCGGUCAAGAUCACGGAGUCGUAGCCCAAGUCGCGAGAGGGUACGCCGGAGGAGCCCCUGGAGGCCACCCAGUGUCACAGGAUUGAACUUCCUCACGGACAAGCGCCCACAGUGGGAUGAUUGGGACACAGUGUACGAAAAGGCGAGCACUGAUAGGAAUUUCUACCCCUUUGAGGGGGCAAACUUCGACCAGAGACGUCCGGAAGUUAAUUCAGCGUGGACUGUUCCACCCGGUCCAGUUUCUCCGCCUCAUCGUAUCUCACUCGAUGAUCGAAUCAAUUCGGCUCUCAAUGAGCCCAUCCGGGAGAUUCCAGAGCGACCAAAUGUUGCAGUUCCAGUUGCGCCUUAUCAGCAAAACUACCAUCAUCAAUUUCCAACGUACACAGGCACUGGCUUCCCACGACCGUACCAUUCCACCAACGAGUAUUCUCUGUACACGGAGUCCAUUUACCAUCACAAUACGCUGCAGCAGCAGAUGAUUGAUCCCACCUUCCAGCAUGGGCGGCAGCAGCAAUCUUCCAAUCUCAUUAGCAUUCAGCAGGUGGAGCAGCCGCAGCAGCCGAAGCCGCAGAAUAUUCUGCAGAAGGGGAAUGUGAUUGAGGUUGUUCCGGCAAUUCAUGCGCAACAGGAGGUGGCCGUCACGACGCCUAAAGCUGCGACAACACCGCAAAAUCCAGCAGCGUCUCCGUGCACGGCUGCGCGGAAGCCGUUUUUUCCACCACUGGGAACACCGAUGAAGGUCACAAAGACAGCUGAGCAGCGGAAGGUAAUACGCGAGAAGAAGCGCAUGGAGAAGAAGAUGCGGAAGAAGAAGUUGGAAUUUGAGUUGAAGCAACUGCUGUCGGGUUCCCAGGCGGUUGACAUUACGUCCGAAGAGAUUCUCCCCGAGGGUCCGGCACCCGAGAAGGAGAAGACAAGCAGCGUCGUGACUGUUGUGAAGAAAGUAAUUUUUUCGGAUGGUGUCAUUCCGGGAGCGAGUUCAUCGGAUUCAGGGGUAUCGUCAUCAGAUGAAUCCAUUGCGCAGGAGACACUUACGGGGAUGACGAUGAAUCAAGUGAAGAAAUUCCGGAAGCAGCGACGGAAGAAGAAGGAGCAAAAUAAGGAGAAUUCAUUGAUUGUGGACAAAGUUGAGACGUUGCCACCUGUGCGGGAUCCACGAUUGCGAACGGAGAGCAUCAAGACACCGAUAAAGGAGGAAGAUACUGCCAAUUAUCCACCUCCAUCGCCACCACCGGGUGAUCCACCGCCGUACAUUGUACAGCCGAUGCUGAAGAAGGAGAUUCAGGAGCGCCCCAAGAAGCUCCUUUACUUCAAUGCCGUUCACAGGGAGAAGCGAAUGGAUAUCUUCUCAAUCUACGUUCCCCCGUCGGCUUUUGUCAAGAUGCAGGAUCCGCGUCUGCAGAAGCGCCCAAUGUUGACGCGUCGACGCAUCGCAGCGCCCCUCUUUCCGGUAAAUACCUACCCGCGGCCACCGCAGCCGUAUCCGCAUUUGCCGCCGGUUCAGGUGUCCCCAGCAACGGGAAUCCGGGCUCCACCGCCGCCGCCGCCAGCCUACAGUGUUCCACCGUCGCGGAUUCCCGUCUUGGGGCAUCCAACGCAUGCACCUCCUGCUAUUCUACCCUUCCCGCCGCCCCCGCUCCAUCCCCCGCCGCCUCUUCCGCCUUCUCAUCCGCCCCUGCCGAUGCACGCACCCCCACCAAUGCCCCACUACCCCCCAAGUCCGUACUACAUGAACAACGGGCCCAUCCCGCCCAAUAGGUACUGAAUGCGUGUGAGGGAGAAAGAAAACAGAAUCUACGCAGAGUUUUAUUUUAUUGUCACAAAGUCAGUACAAUGAACGAGAAGAAGAAAAAUUAAAGAAUCAUUCCCUCAAAAGGAAGCUCAUAUCCGAAUUUGGGGGUACUUCAACGGGAGUCUUGGAUCUGGAAGAAGAACAGAAGAAGAAAACAUCCCGUAAGUAAAUAAAUAUCAAAGAAUUGUAAUCUCUCUGACUGCACUGAUUCCUCAAAAUCCCCUAAAAAUAAUGUUAAUUAGGGGAGAAGAUUAUGGCGAUUUGUUUCACGUUGAAAAGAUAAGUGAAAUAUAUUAGACACAUUCAUGAAACAAA